UUCCAGCACCACACUUUUCGACUCUGACUGUCCAGCGUCUACAGUUCUCACUUUGACGUCAAUGUCUGACAGUCAGUCAAUCCAUCGGGACUGCAACAGUUUUCAAGCAUGAUUCUGUGAGAAGGAGCAAAGCUUUUUGGUUCCUGUUUGAGUAUGUUUUCGCAUCAGUGGGACUGGAUGAGAGACCCUACUGUUGCAGCGCACUGAGUGUGUAGCCUGAAACAGUUAUACGGCCUGGGAAGAGGAAUUCAGGGUGGGGAGGGGCUCCACACGCAUGUGUGUGUAACUGAAGCUUCGGCCAUGGAGAAACCCGAGGAAUCCCGCCCCGUGGAGAAUCCAUGGAAGUGUGGCGACUGCGGGAAAAGCCUCCGUGUCCCGUCUGUCCUGGAGACUCAUCGGCGCAGUCACACUGGGGAGAGCCCGUUCCCCUGUCCCGUCUGCGGGAAGGGCUUCAGCACUUCCUCCACUCUGCUAACCCACCAGCGGAUCCACACGGGGGAGAGGCCCUUCAGCUGCCCCGAGUGUGGGAAUUCUUUUACCCAGGCCUCUGUCCUGCUAACCCACCGGCGGAUCCACAAGGGAGAGAGGCCCUUCAGCUGCCCCGAGUGUGGGAAGGCCUUCAGCAAUUCCUCCACCCUGCUGAGGCACCAGCGGGUCCACACGGGGGAGAGGCCCUUCAGCUGUCCCGAGUGCGGGAAGAGAUUUACCCAGGCCUCCAACUUGCUGACCCAUCUGCGGAGCCACACGGGGGAGAGGCCCUUCAGCUGCCCCCUGUGCGGGAAGGGCUUCACACGCUCUACCAACCUCCGGAGGCACCAGCGAGAUCACAUACCAUCGCAGGGGGAUUGAAGGAGCGACGGCUGAGUGCCGUUAUCAACUGGACUGUCAACCCAGUUCCGGGGGCUCCCGGGUUUGAAUCCCACUGCAGCAGAUGGGAUACGGGGUAUGGGUUGAAAUUGCCGAGUGAGGCAGUACUUCCUCCAGGUUAAGGCUGUACCAAGGAUCCAAUUACAAAGGGACAACUUGGUGGUGACCAAUAGUAAAGAAAGUGAGGUAGGUUGGGGGGUGGUGGGGUAGAGUGUGCGUUUUGACCUUGAGCUGUUUAAAAAGCAGCUACGUUUUCUCUGCCUUUUUGCUGAGGGGGUUUGAAGCUGUAACAAAGUUGGAUCUCAAUAAAGGUUACCUGAAUUUA